UACUUGACAUUUCAAUGAUUGAGGUUAUGUUUGAUUUGUAUAAAAUCAAAAGAAAACAUCAUUUAUUUGUGUAAAGAGAAGUAUAGAUAUUAAAAAAUCAUGUCAUACAUAAAACAUACGGAAAAAGCGUUGAACAUAUUACGCGGUUUACCAAGAGUAUCGCUUGCAAAUAUUCGCGAUAAUCCGGGUGCACAUAGGGGACCACAAAGAGGACGAGCACAACACGGCGGUGACAAGCACGGUGCUGGUAAUAAAGGAUCGGGUCAACGACAAAAUUUCAUGCGACUUGGAUAUGAAACGGGUAAUUUUCCAUUUUAUCGGCGUUUUCCGAAUGAACACUACUACAAAAAUCAUCAUUUAAGACGUGAAUAUAUCCCCAUUCCAAUGGACCAAUUACAAAUGAUGAUAGACACCGAUCGUUUAGACACUACAAAGCCGAUUGAUUUGGUUCAAAUUGCAAAUACUGGUUUGUUCAAUUUACAGCCGCAUAGUCGACAAUACGGAUUUGCAUUGAAAGACGAUGGCAUUGAAUGCUUCAAAGCAAAAGUUAAUAUUGAAGUUCAACAUGCAAGCGAAUUGGUAAUAUCGCACAUUGAAAAACUGGGCGGUGUCAUUCGGACGGCAUAUUUUGAUAUGACUGCAUUAAAUGCAAUGAAAAAUCCAAAAUUGUUCUUUGAAAAAGGCGUACCGAUUCCAAGACGAAUGAUACCACCACAAGAUGCCAUCGAAUACUAUACAGAUCCAAAAACACGCGGCUAUUUAGCCGAUCCAGAGGCCAUCAGCAAUGAACGAUUGGUCUUGGCACAAAAGUACGGUUAUCAGUUGCCAAAAAUUGAAGACGAUCCACAGUACGAGAUGUUGUGUGAGGUUAAAGAUCCAAGACAGAUAUUUUUUGGUCUCGAACCGGGAUGGGUGGUGAACUUACCCGAUCAAUCAAUCAUCAAACCAUUAGCAACACAUGAAAGUCAACACCCAGCAGAAACCCAGGCGGAAGCCAGCGCUUGAAUAGUUUUAUGUUCAACGUUUAAUGUGUACAGCCAUUUUAUGUUAUAUAUGUGUCUCAAGAGAGAAUAAAGAUUUUUCACCGCAAAGAA